CCCUGCUACCUGCUCACUGUAAGGAUCAUCCGGAUGAACAAUCUCCAGCGAGCGGACAACUUGAGCCAGGCUGAUUGCUACGUGACCUUGUGGCUUCCGACUGCGACGUGUGAAAAGUCCCGCACUAAAACCGUGAGAAACUCCAACAAUCCGGUGUGGAAUGAGACAUUCUACUUCAGGCUCCAGAGUCAGGUCAAGAAUGUGCUGGAGCUGACAGUGUAUGAUGAGGAUUUGCUUACUCCAGAUGACCAUCUCCUCUGUGCACUCUUUGAUACUGCUAAACUUCCAAUUGACAGAACAGUGAUCUUGUAUUUUAAGCCGAGCUCAGAGGCUAAGGAGGAGCUAGAGGUUGAAUUCAAAUUGGAGGCCGCUUCUGGUCCUUAUGAAAACAUUGCUACCAAUGGAGUCCUAGUGUGUCGUGAACUUUGCUGCUUGGAAGUUGAAGUGGCGGAGAAGACACAGCAAAAAUCAAAGAAAGAGCUUUCCCUCACAGUGAAGGGCUCCUUUGAAGGGACACGGGAUAUCACACUGGGCCCCGAUGGAGUGGUCAGCCCUUCCUGUCUCACCAAGUUCCACUACAUCAAGUACGCGGAGCCAACACUGGAUGUCAUGUUGCCAAAGAAGAGACACUACCACCCUGAGAAAAGAUUUGACUUGAAUGUGAGAGCACUAAGGUGUAAUUGUUCAUGCCACCAAGACCUGGACAUGCGCUUUGGGUUUGACUUAUGUUCAGAGGAGGUGACUUUUCUGCAGAAAAGGAAGAGAUAUGUAGCAAGUGCCCUAAAAAAUGUUUUUCACCUACCACAUGAUCUGCAGGAGUGUGAGGUCCCCGUUGUGGCUAUCAUCACCACAGGUGGAGGACUGAAGUCAAUGACAGGACUAUAUGGCAGUCUCUCAGGACUCAAGAAAUUAAACCUCCUGGACUGUAUAACAUACAUCAGUGGGCUCUCUGGCACCACAUGGACCAUGGCCACCUUAUACAGAGAUGCCUACUGGUCGCAGAAGGACCUAGACUCACAUAUUGGUGAAGCCCAGAAACAAGCAACCAAAUGCAAGAUGGGCUGUUUCUCCACGGAUCGCAUGAAGUACUACAACAAGCAGCUUUGUCAGCGGAAAGAGGAGGGAUACAGGACAACAUUUAUCGAUCUUUGGGGACUCAUGAUUGAGUACUUACUAAAUGAUGGGAAAGACCCCCACAAACUUUCGGACCAGAGAGAAGCACUGUGUGAUGGCCAGAACCCGCUGCCCAUCUAUGUGUCAGUCAGUGUCCGGAACAACUACAGCACCAAUGAUUUCAAAGAGUGGGUGGAGUUCACCCCCUAUGAGGUGGGGCUGCUGAAAUAUGGUGCGUUCAUCCGCACUGAGAAUUUUGGAAGCGAGUUCUUCAUGGGACGCAUGUUGAAAAAGCUCCCUGAAUCCCGGAUCUGCUACCUUCAAGGUAUGUGGAGUAGUAUAUUUUCUGUGAACCUGUUACAAAUAUGGGGACUGUCGCACAGUUCAGAGGACUUCUGGAAGAGAUGGACACAAGACAGAAUAGAAGAAGUUGAUGAAGACCCAGUGCUGCCUACAAGACCCCAUGAGCUGAGGACUCGCAUGUACACUCCUCCUGGCCCCUUGUCCAGUGCCCUUCGGGGAGCGUUGACCGACCGCUUCUCUGUUGCCCAGCACCACAAUUUCAUGAAGGGCUACCAGCUGCAUAACAAUUACCUGGAGAACGAGCACUUCUGUAAAUGGAAAGACACUGUGUUAGACUCACGUCCCAACCAGCUGAUGCAAAAUCCUGAUCACCUGGGCAUGAUAGAUGCUGGAUUUUUCAUCAAUACUAGCAGUCCACCACUUUUGAGGCCACAGAGAGAAGUGGAUGUCAUCAUAUAUUUAAGUUAUACUACUGGAUCACAUACAUCGACUCUAGAGAAGGCAUGCAAAUACUACUCAGAGCAGCAAAUCCCAUUCCCCAGAGUUUCUUUGUCUGAAGAGGAUAAGAAAAAUCUGAAGGAGUGCUACCUCUUCCAAGAUCCAGAUUUACCAGGAUGUCCAAUUGUGAUUUUCCUUCCCCUUGUGAAUGAUACUUUCCAAGAGUACAAAGCACCAGGUGUGAAACGCUGUUGUUCAGAGAUGGAGGAAGGACAACUUGAUCUGAGCAGUCACUGUUCCCCGUACUGCAUGUUCGCGGUCAGAUACACUGAUGAGAAUUACCGCCGGCUGCUGAACCUCAGUGAAUACAACAUCCUGAACAACUCACAGAUGAUUAUGCAGGCCUUGCAGAUAGCAAUGCAAAGAAGAAGUCAAAACCCGUGCUAA